UCAGGAGAGUGCCUCAAGAGUCUGAUGGGCGGUUAGGUGAUCCGGAGGUAAAGUGACCAGUGCCUUGCGUAUGGAUUACCGAUAAGUGCACAAUAGGAGCGCGCUCGCGCCAUUAGUUAUUUAUAUUUUCCCGUAAAGCGGCGGGGAUGAGAGGGAGACGCCACAGUGGCACGGAUCGCCCGCUCUGAACCGGAGGAGUCACCCGGGCAGACGAUGUCCCGACGCGAGAGUGCUUCCAGAGGAGACGAAGGAGGAUGAAGCAGCAGCGGCGGGGAGGAGAGGGAUCGAGAGCGGCAGAGGUGGAAUAUAAUGAAGUUGAGUGGGAAAGGACUGUGCACCGUGUUCUCCAGCACCCUCCUCUUCGUGUGCGCCCUCAGCGAAGUUGUGGUUGGAUUAAGAUGCGUCUCGUUGGGCUCCACGGUGAGGGCGCAUUUCCACCUCGGCGGCGCGGCCGGGGCUUUCUACUCCGGGCUACUUCUGGGGAUCGGGCAGGCGCUGCUGGGCUGCGCGCUGCUCUGUUGCAUGGACAAGCCCGGCUGCAGGAAUUUAUUUCUCCUCGGUGUUGUGGUGUUCCUGUUGGGAGUGCUCACCGCCUUCUCCGGCGCGGUGGUGGACGGGGACACGGCUUCCCUGGUGGAGAGGAAAUACACCCAUUACUGCUUCCCCUCCUCGGUGUUCGCGAACCCCGCCUGCGAGCAGCUGAGGGAGUACCAGCGGAGUCUGGUGGUGUCCACGGUCCUCAGCACCUUGGAGUGCCUCCUGGGGCUCAUCAACCUGGUGGUCAUCAAGAGGUACAAGGCGGCGCAGUUUUCUCGGAGCCGGCAGUCGGAGCGGCAGCGCGCCGGUGCCAUCCUGUUCCGCGAGGAGCGCGACUGCUCCGGGGACUUCCAGCCGGUGUCUUACAUCAACUUGGGUGUUUUUAACGUGCUGGACGAGUCAGGUGCAGAAGUGCAGUGCGGGGGUCACCCGUCCAUCGAGCUGCCGGGAUACUCGCCCACGGACCCGGACCUCAACCACUGUUUCCCGUUCUCCUACCCGCUCCACAGCGAGCUGCCCCCCGCGUACGAGGACAUCUACCCCGCUACGGCAUGCAACACAUAGCCGCUCUGGAGCAGCAGGAGCAGCAGCAGGAGCCCCCCCCCCCCCUGAUGACAAUCAAUGACUUAAUGCUUAAACAAUUACCCCCCCCCCCCCCCCCCAACAAGAGCAGUAAGUUACACAGUGGGGCAGCAGCAGUGGAGUCUGGCCUUUUCUUACACCUGGUGGUGUGUGUGUGUGUGUGGCUCCAUCACCAGGUAGAUGAACAGAUGAUGAGGGGUCUGGUCCAGACAGUGGAGGCCGAUCCAGGCCCGUAAACGCAACAGCUUGCUAUAUAACAUAAGCAGAGUUUGUGUUUUUGAAUGUUUGCUGUCGACAUUUCUUACUUGUGAAAAUAAAAAAAAAGUGUAUUUAA